AUGCUGGCGGUGCGGCUGAAGUCUGAGUGGCGGGAACAAUACAGCAACUCGCGCCCAUACGCGGGUCACGACUUCCUGAGGUUGCGGGUGUUCGACCCACCAAAACACACAACCAGGGCUGCGCUGGGAGCGCACGGACACUCGCCUGCAGCGAUGUCUCGCUUCUGCCGCGCGGUGCUCAAUCAUGCGCCCGUCGGAUCGUUCCGAGCGCGUUUCUUCAAGGGUGAACCCACGGAAUGCCCCAAGUGUCAUGUGCUGCAAAGCCGCAGCCACAUACUGCUCGAAUGCACGAGGUAUGAACGCCGGUGGCGCUGCGGAGGCGAGAUGGAUUUCCUGCAGCGCCUCGAGGCGUACCAAGACCUCAAUGCUUUCAUCAGCAAGAACGAUGGCGCAUUCACGUUCGCGGACGCGCCGUCAUAA